CUUCUUCGGCGUAGAGUUUAUCUAUCUACUCGUAGAGUUCCGAAAAUUAUCAUCAUUGUCAUUCCAUGAAUUCUGUAGUGCAAAAUUAAUUAACUCCCCAGGCGCCUAAUACGCUUGAGAGAACUUGUGUAAGUGAGUUCACUGGAGUUUGAGGAGUUGUUAGUGCAGUAAGUAUUUGAUGCCAAAGACUGCAGCUAGGUUAAUUUAGGUUGGAGCUUGGUAAAUCUUUAUUACUGAAAAAAGCAAGGUUUUUGAUUAAUAAUAUGUAUCUUUGAUGUUAGUCACCUGAAAUCAGAGCCAAAAGAGGGUUUGUUUCUACAGAUUAGGGUGAGGAGGUGACUGGGAGUGGUUUAUGGUGGCAGAGAGGAAACUGAAGAAAAACAUGAAGUUUUUCCAGGGGAAAACGAAGGAAGGUACAGAAAUGAUAGAGGAGUCAAAUGGUUUGGGUUCCAAUUAUGCUUGUGAUUCUGAAAUAAUGACUGAUGCGUUUGGAUUAGAAGCAGAAAUUGCGAUUAGUUACGGAUUUGAACCAGGAUCUUUGGUUUGGGCGAAAGUAAAAUCUCACCCAUGGUGGCCAGGCUACAUUUUAAGUGAAGCUUUUGCUUCACCAUCUGUACGAAAAACCAAAAGAAAAGGUCACAUAUUGGUUGUUUUUUUCGGUGAUGCUAGUUAUGGAUGGUUUGAUCCAGCUAAACUUAUUCCAUUUGAGCCUUAUUAUUCUGAUAAAUCACAACAAAUGCAAAUGAAGGCUUUCACUAAAGCUGUUGAAGAAGCAGUUGACGAGAUUCGCCGAAGAGCCGCUCUUGGGUUGGCUUGCUGCUGUAGAUUCCCUCAUAAUUUUGAACCAACGAAAAAUCGAGGGUACUACAAUGUUGAGCUGCAUGAUUAUGAGGAGGAGAUAUAUUCUCUUGGUGAUAUUAAGAAGGCAAGAGAUGAUUUUCAGCCUGGUGAAGUACUUUCUUUUAUCCAACAGGUGGCUGUGAAUCCUCGGGGUAAGGAAGAAAAGAGUAUUGAUUGGAUUAAGAAUAUUACUACAGCCCUUGCCUUACGGAGUUCAACUUAUUUGGAAGUUGAUGAGACCUAUGUUCAGGCACUUAAACAAUUCAAGGCAUCCCCUGAGAGUGAUGCAGAUCGAGAGUUGGAUCAGGAAGCUGCACUGCCUUCUCAAGCUCCUUUAAGUGAACCUUUCGGGGUUGAUGGGGAAUUGAAGGAAAAGAAUGCUUUAGGAAGACGAAGUUCAAGGACCAAGCGAAGAAGAAUAACUACCGACUCAAAUAGUCAGUAAAGCUGACUGAACCUAAAGCUCAACCCUGCAGUGAAGGUUAUGCAGAUUCCGUGGUCUCAUCAGAUUAUACCGAAAGAGAAGUAGCAGUAUAAUUUGUUUUCCAGAAGUAUUUACAGUCCAUCUCAAUGAAGACCUCACUAUCAAAGUUCUGAACAGAGUUCGAACAACUAACUUAAGUUAAAAAAGAAAGAAGAAAAAGUAGUAACGUAUUUUGCUGCAAGUCUCUGUGAAACCCUCACAGAAGCUUCUGAAAAUCAGAUAUAUAUAUAUAGACUCGUCGAGAAGCUGCUGGAAUAUCUAUUGGAUUAGGUUUGAUUUAGUUUACUUCAGCAAAACUUCACUCCUAGAUCCACUGAAACAUGGAUAGUGGCCGAAGUAAGUUCCCCUCUAGGUACAUGGAGCUGCUGGCGAAAUCUGACUUGGCCAGCAUCCAUAGUGCAUGAUUUUUUUUUGAAGCAUACAUGAUUAGUUGAUGAUCUGCGGGUCUGUGGUUUUAAUAGAGGAGUUACCCAUUCCUUGUAUAGAUUUGUGGAGAAGAGAGAGAGGGAGGGAAAGCAUCUGAUGAACCAUAUAUCUCCCCUCAAAAGUUCCAGGGAUGAGCAGGAAAAUUGAAAUGAUGCCGGUGGCAGAGAGUUAAAAAGGUGUUUUUAGGUUGUUUUUUGUACAAUUAUUAAAUAAACUAAUUAAAGUAAUGCUUAAUUAUUGGGAGACAUUUCAGGGAAGGCUGUUCAGUGUUCACAGUUGAGUUGAAUUUAUUUUUUUGAAAGGCUAGUUGAGUUGAAA